ACCACUUCUGAGCAGAAGAUGGCUGUGCCUCCCACAUAUGCUGAUCUUGGCAAAUCUGCCAGGGAUGUCUUCACCAAGGGCUAUGGAUUUGGCUUAAUAAAACUUGAUUUGAAAACACAAUCUGAGAAUGGACUGGAAUUUACAAGCUCAGGUUCAGCCAACACCGAGACCACCAAAGUGACGGGCAGUCUGGAAAGCAAGUACAGAUGGACCAAAUACGGUCUAACGUUUACGGAGAAAUGGAACACUGACAACACACUACGCACGGAGAUUACUGUGGAAGAUCAGCUUGCAUGUGGCCUGAAGCUGACCUUCGAUUCAUCCUUCUCACCAAACACUGGAAAAGAAAAUGCUAAAAUCAAGACAGGGUACAAGUGGGAACAUAUCAACCUGGAUUGUGAUGUCGAUUUUGACAUUGCCGGGCCUUCCAUCCGGGAUGCUCUGGUGCUGGGUUAUAAGGGCUGGCUGGCUGGCUACCAGGUGAAUUUUGAGACCUCAAAGUUUCGAGUGACCCAGAGCAACUUUGCGGUUGGCUACAAGACGGAUGAGUUCCAGCUUCACACUAAUGUAAAUGAUGGGACAGAGUUUGGCGGCUCCAUUUAUCAGAAAGUGAACAAGUUGGAGACUGCUGUUAAUCUGGCCUGGACAGCAGGAAACAGUACCACUCACUUCGGAAUAACAGCCAAAUACCAGAUCGACGCUGACACCUGCUUCUUGGCUAAAGUGAAUAGCUCCAGCCUGAUAGGGUUAGGAUAUACACAGACCCUAAAGCCAGGUAUCAAACUGACACUGUCAGUUCUGCUGGAUGGCAAGAAUGUCAACGCUGGUGGCCACAAGCUUGGUCUAGGACUGGAGUUUCAAGCAUAA